CAGUGUGGUGGCGAAUUUGAAAACAAUCUGUUUGGAAUCAGUGACUGGAGAAAGGAUCAUGUCUUCAACUGAGGAAGAUAGUGGCGCACCGAUUCUGCCUUCAGAAUCUCCCGGAAGCUCAGUUUCAGAUGGCAUAAUGGAUGAAUACCAAGAACUUUUAAAGUAUGCUGUUGUUACCCCACAUUUUGAUCCAGACAAACUUCCAAAGACCAUUGCCGAGGCUAUGAAUGCAUUUCAGAAAACAGAUGAUGCUGCUCUUUAUGUUGAAGAGAAUUCAGAAAGUAGUUCAGAAAAUAGCUCCACAUCUACUGUUGUGGAAAGUGACCAUUCCAGCAAGGAGCCUAGCCUGUCUGCUUAUCCUGAACAGAAUUGGAGAACCACACCUCAUGGACGUCCUUCAACAUUCGGAUAUAAGGAACUAAAACAAACUGCUGACAAUUGGUAUUCCUCUCCACAAGUACCACAAUGGGCAGUUCCAAAUGGUAACCAGGAUCUAUCAACUGAAGAAGGCAGUGUUUCUACUCCUGGAUCUACAGAUUCUAACAGUCCUGCUAGUACACUUAGAACACCUUCUGUGGAUGCUGAUCUUGCAAGGAUGGAAGCAGAACUAGAUGGCUGGAGCCUAGGACUUAAGCGGCAAGUACUGGCUGAGCUUAGUCAGGCUAAAUUGAAGCUCCUGCACAAACAUCGACAAGCUAUUCAGGCUGAGAAAAACAGACAUUCACAGGAGGUAAACCAGCUACAGGAUGAGAUAGCCAGACUACAGGAACUAUUACACACUUACCAACAAUCAACAGAACGUAAAGAUGGCGUCAUAACAAACCUAACGAAUGCUAUGCAAAAACAGAAACAACGCUUUGAGAUGCUGAAGAAGUUCAACUGGUGGAAGCUAAGGCAUAGCGAAGACAGACGUGAGGUUUUUACAGGAUCUUUGGCACGCAAGCACCAUCAACGACAGUUAAUGCAGAAGGUUUUUGCUGGAUGGCGAGGAAUCAUUGAAGCCAAGUGGAAGCAACGUGUUGAGAAGGCUUGUCAAUCCAAGGCUCAAGAAGUCUGCAUGACAUUAACCAACGAUUAUGAGGCUAGGAUUGCAUCGGUUAAUGAAGCCUUGGAGUCAUCCAGACAAGAGGUCGCUAAACUACAUGCUGAGCGAGAGCAUUAUGAGGAAGCAAUGAAGAAGGCGUUCAUGCGUGGUGUGUGCGCCCUCAACAUGGAGGCAAUGUCAAUGUUCCAUCAAUCUGAUGAAGAUGGUGAUACACAACAACAAAUGGCUCCAAUGCAAGCCAUGCAAUCAAUGAUGCAACCAGCCAGGGAACAGGAGACCAGUCAUGUGCAAGCAGCAUCCCACCGUGCACGGCGGCAGGAAGUUGACCCCACCGCUCACAGAGGAACUCAUCAUUAUCCAUCCUCUACCACUAGGGUGGGAAAAUCUUUUACCUCUAAAACUGGAUCAAAACCUCGAGUAGUAGUCGCCAAGGUGACAGGUAAAGACACAGGUAUACGUGCUGGUAUUGGUUUGGCUCCGGCAAAAGCUUCAGUUGUUGUUGAAAGACAUACACCUAUCAGUCAGCAAACUAUUGGGCAUGCUCAGGCCAGUCGACAUCCUGCACGUUCGUCAACUGUACCAAGUCGAACUUAACUGCCAGUGCUGCCUCUAAUUCUGAUAUGCUGUGUACAGGGAAAUGUUUUAUUUAUUUAUUCUCUAUUCAGAAAAGCCUGUUCAGUAGGAAUUAAGUGUCCUUCCACAGGGCCCUGUAUAAUAUCUAUUUUAAUAUUUGUAGAGGUUUGUUAUUUGAUCCUUAUUGGGUAGAGCUAGCUAUACAAUCGUGGCUUCAUUUAUUGAUUAACAAUGUGUUUGAAGGUAUACCAUCCCUCAUAAAAUAUGGAUUAACCAUAAACUUUUUAAUGAAAAUAUUGAAAAGAGAAAAUGCAUUAUUUUACAAAUAAUGAAUGUUUAUGAGUGCAAUGGGAAGAAUAUUUUCAUGAGUUGAUAGAGUGAUUGUUCCAUUCAACGAGGCGGAGCCAAGCUGAAUGGAACAGUCAAUCUCUCAACGAAUGGAUUUAACCCUCUGGAAAGAGUCAGUCCGUGUCAUUUUAACCAAUCAAAAGAUUGUAUAAUAGGUUGAAGUAAUUUUGUAUCCAUAGGCAAUGUGCCAUGGACGAUUUGGAUAGAAAAAGAAAUGUACGGUGUAACAAAAUUUCAACGAUGAGCGAAGAAAUGUGCAAAAUAACUAAUGUCACAUGAUAUGAAAUCAACCAAUCAAAUGACUGGGAUCUAUUUAGGUGUGUUAUAAAACCUUCUAAUGAUAGACAUACCAAAAUAAUUACCUUUUCACUGAUUUAAUAAAAAAAUUGAUUACCAGAUUUUAACAGUGCAUGCAAAGGUUAUAGGAAUGACAUACUUUGUAUGUCCGUUAAUUGGCAGCAUGGUAAUGUCUUUAAAGAUAAGUAAGUGAAAUAUACGUCAGGAGUCUGACAUAGGUUAGGCACACGCUUCAUAAGUUGACCCAACUGUUAAAGUCAUCUGCCCUCUUUGAAUGCAGGAUGCAAUGUAAAGGUCUAGGAUUUAGAUGGAGGCCUAUGCUUUGGUGUGUAUGUUGUGGAUAUGCACCAAUUUCUUUUCCAUUUUAACCAUUUAUUCUGGUUUUGUUCUUUUCUGUUGCCCCGAAAAAUGAUGAACAAAUGUUAUAUGCACAGCCAUUGACUAUUAUAGUAUGUCUUUAUAAAUGAGUAUUAAUUGUACAGUACUUUAAAACAUCUUAGAUGUAGGCCAAUGCUAUUGUAAUAUAUUUUGAUGAUGUAAAUUGUAAAUGAGGAUGCAUUGUGGGGAGUAUACAUUACUGUAAACGGUAAAAUAAGCUGAACUCUUGAAUUAACACUGCACCAUGCCCGUGCUUGUUGAUGCCAAGCAUGGGUCAUGAAUGAACACUAGAUUAUUUUUAGUUUGGAUGGUUUCCCAACAUCAUAUAUACCAAUAAUUUGCGGUUCUCAAAUAAACAUUGUACCAAGUCCUCCAAAAUCAUGUAUUUAUUCUUUGCUUAAUUAAUUAAUGGAUGUAGGCAAAAUAUGUAAAUGUGUCAUAUAAUGUAAUACUGUACUUGAUGUAUAAAUGGGUACCUGGUGGGGUUGCCUGCUCCUGCACUGAUUUCCAGCAGCAACACAUGUGGACCCAAUGACCAGGGAAAGGAACUGCGCUUUAUAACCGCAAGGAAGAGGCGCAUUAUAAAUGCCCGUACCAGUACCAGAUGUUUACAGUAAAGAGAAACAUGUUCACAUUCUGUAAAAUACUAGUCUAUAUUACUAUCAAAAAUUUUUGUUAUUAUUUUAAUUAGUUGUUUGUAAUGUUCUGCAGGUUCUGUUAAUAAAUUGUGUAAAUAAUGGACACUUCAAAA